CAGGCCCGCGCUGCAGCAUUUGUGGCCAUCCCCAUCAUUCGUCUUCGUCUCUUGUCCAUCGAGUCCAUUUUCCACGGAUCCGCUGCACUCUCUUUUGUUGUCCAUUUGCUUGACGGGCCAACUAUUUUGCCCACUCCUUUCCUCGGCCUGACAGGAGGAGUGGUAGAUUAUCGACAGAAAUCGGCAGAUCUGGCUUCGUGACGUUCUGCCGAUUUUGAUCUUUGAAAAAAAUUUGUGUCAUUCCGCCAAUCUCGAGGACUUUUGUAAAUAUUGUUGAUGGAUGCAGCGCGUUGCGGUUUCGGGGAGAAACGAGGUUGAGGUGUGGAGCUCUCGGGCUCAACCCCCGCGCGUUCUACCCAUCUCGGAGGAGUAUCUUAUGAUCAACCAGUACCACGAUUCCUCCAAACGUUAUGCUCGUGAAAUCACCUUUUGGUUUACCCUGCCUGACCUGGCGAGGGAGCAGUGUACGUUGUUGAUCUCGUUCGGAGCGCGCCAAAACUCGGGGCUUCCCUGUGAGCGCUGGAUUCGCUUUGGCUCGACGGAGUGGAAGCCCUGAUUCAAAUCACAGGGUGUCUUUUAUGUGCUUAUUUCAACAUACUACAUUUUGUUUGGAGUGAUAGGGGUAGGCAUUGUCCACCUUUGCCGCUGCUCAGAUUCAGACGGCAAGAUUCUGCGGGUUUCUCAUCUGAACUUUGAGUGGCAAUUUGAAUGCGGUAACGAGGGAUGGCAUUUGCGUCGUCCCCCCAUAAAAAUGGGACAGGCCUGAACGCUCGCUCGACAGGACGGUUGGACAAUAGACCAGGUUCUGUAAAUUCCACGAUCAAACCAGUGACUCCUCCUGCCCCAGCGACGGCUUCACCCCCUAUGCGUCCCAAAUCUGCAUCUCCAUCUUCGUCGGUCAACACAGGAACAAGGCGCGGUUCUGGGAAGAAUGGCAGUGACAAUGGCGGAGGAUUGUGGCCGUACAAUUGUCUCAAUGAACAACUGAAUUUUGGGAGAAUAUGUACCGCAUGGGAGAAACUUAUUCUUACUAAUUACUUUGCUUGUAGUACCUGGCAGAGUGAGGGUGGCUGUAAGGCUUCGGCCCAGAAAUGGGGAGGAAAUGGUCGCUGAUAUGGACUUUGCCGACUGUGUGGAGCUUCAACCAGAGCUGAAGAGACUGAAGUUGCGGAAGAACAAUUGGGACUGCGAAACGUAUCAGUUCGACGAAAUCCUCACCGAAACAGCUUCCCAAAAGCGAGUCUAUGAAGUUGUGGCCAAGCCAGUUGUGGAGAGUGUACUGGAAGGUUAUAAUGGCACGGUUAUGGCUUAUGGUCAAACUGGUACCGGGAAGACUUUCACUCUGGGACGACUUGGAGAGGAGGACACAGCUGAUCGAGGAAUCAUGGUGCGUGCCAUGGAAGACAUUUUGGCAAAUGUAUCCUCAGUAGACGACACCGUAACAGUCUCCUAUCUUCAGCUGUACAUGGAGACUGUGCAAGAUCUACUAGCUCCCGAGAAGGACAACAUAGCCAUUGUGGAGGAUCCUAAAACCGGAGAUGUAUCAGUACCUAGCGCUACACAUGUUGAGUUACAGGAUCAACGAAGUUUUGUGCGCUUAUUGCAAGCUGGAGAAGCCAAUCGUUUCGCUGCCAAUACCAAGUUAAAUACGGAGUCUUCUAGAAGUCAUGCCAUUUUGCUGGUCAAUGUAAGAAAGGUCGUCAAACCGAAAACUGGAGACAGGGAGCUCAUCGUUUUGAAUGAGAAUGGAGGUAGCCCCCAGGUGGGGAAGAACAUACGUGCACCCACUGUCAGAAAAAGCAAGCUGCUGAUUGUUGAUCUUGCGGGAUCCGAGCGGGUUGAUAAAUCAGGUAGUGAGGGGCAUACCCUUGAAGAGGCCAAAUCAAUCAAUCUGUCUCUCACAGCUUUAGGGAAGUGCAUCAAUGCCCUCGCUGAGAACAGUCCACAUGUACCUAUACGAGAUUCCAAAUUGACCAGAAUGCUUCGCGAUUCGUUUGGAGGAACUGCAAGGACCUCGUUGAUAGUGACGAUUGGACCAUCGCCUCGUCAUCGUGGAGAAACGGCUAGCACCAUCAUGUUCGGUCAAAGAGCUAUGAAGGUCGAAAACAUGGUGAAGUUAAAAGAGGAGUUCGACUACAAAAGCCUUUGUCGAAGGUUGGAGACAGAACUUGAUAGACUUGUCGCAGAAAAUGAGAGACAGGUGAAGGCUAGGCAAGACGAAGAAGAAGAGAAUGAGAGGAAGCUUGAGGACACCCGAGAGUGUGCUGCGGAAGCGGAAAGCAAACUCGCCGCUGCCAUGGAGUCCAUUGAGGCGGAGAGAAAGAAGUUUCAGCAGGAUCUUGCAGAAGCACAUCAAAAUCUGGAGAAAGCAGAGAAGGAGUUGAAAAAUAUCUCUCAAGAUUAUCAGCAUGAGAAGAAGGAGAGAAAUUCACAUGCAGAAAAGUUGAAGCUACAGAGAGACCUUACAGAUGCUAUGCAAAAGCAUCAAAAGGAACUCACAGAUGAGAAACAAAGGCAACAGAAGGAACUCGCGGACGCAAUUCAGAAUCUUGAGUUAGAACGUGGUCAAAGGAAAAGGUUGGAACAAGAGCUUAAUCAGGCUACUCAAGAGCUUAAUGAGGCUACUCAACAUCUGCAUGUUAAGAACGAGUCGCUUGAGCAAGGCAACGAAGUUCUGGAAUUGAAGCUCUUACUUGAGAAAGAAACUCAGUUGAGAGAGGAAUUGGAGCAGGAAAUACAAACCUUAAAAUCACAGCCACCCAAGCUGCCAAAUGGGAUUGAGGCAAAGCACAAUGAGGAACUCCUCGCCCUAAGACGUAGACUGGAUGAAGAGCUCAAACAUAGGGAGAGGCUGGAAGAGGAGGUUCGAACUUUGAGAGAGCAGCUGACGGUGCUCAGUGACGAGGGUGAAGAGUCACGGAAGAUAAUCGACAAAGUAGGAUCCGGGCGAAGUUCUGAAGGAUCACAGAGCCCGAGCGUGCACAAGCCAACUAGUCAUAUGAGGGAUACAAUAAAUGGUCAAAGAGCAACAAUCGCAAAGCUUUUUGAACAAGUUGGUUUGCAGAAAAUAUUGUCGUUGUUGGAGUCUGAAGAUGUCGACGUCCGUGUACAUGCUGUCAAGGUGGUUGCAAAUCUUGCAGCUGAAGAGGCUAACCAGGAGAAGAUCGUGGAGGCUGGAGGAUUGGGGUCAUUGCUUAUGCUUUUGCAAAGCUCUGAAGAUGAGACCAUUCGUCGUGUGGCCGCCGGUGCUGUUGCGAAUCUCGCAAUGAAUGAGACCAAUCAGGAGCUGAUAAUGGCCCAGGGAGGUAUUGGACUCCUAGCCAGGACAGCUGAUGACGCUGAGGACCCCCAGACUCUAAGAAUGGUUGCCGGUGCUAUCGCAAAUUUGUGUGGAAAUGACAAAUUGCAGAUCAAACUAAGGGAAGAGGGGGGAAUCAGGGCGCUUCUUGGGAUGGUGAGAUCACGCCAUCCAGAUGUGCUUGCCCAAGUGGCUCGGGGCAUUGCAAACUUUGCGAAGUGUGAAUCACGAGGUGCAGCACAAGGUUAUAAAACCGGGAGGUCUCUUCUGAUAGACGACGGAGCUCUGCCUUGGAUUGUUGCAAAUGCAAACAAUGAUGCUUCACCAAUCAGACGCCACAUCGAACUUGCAUUGUGCCAUUUAGCACAACAUGAAGUAAAUGCAAAGGAUCUAGUUGCAGGAGGUGCACUGUGGGAGCUGGUGCGCAUAUCUCGUGAAUGUUCUCGAGAGGACAUUCGCAAUCUUGCUCAGCGCACUUUAAAUGCAAGUAACACUUUUCAAACAGAAUUGAAAAGGUUACAGUUGGUCUACUAAAAGUUUCAAAGUUAGGGAAGUUAAUGUUAUUUAUUUCCAAAUCUGACUUUACAUAUGUGUGUUCAGUCAGAGGUGGGUGUAAAUUAGAGAUUUAGUGAAUGUUCACCUUGACUAAUUCUUUUGUAUCAUUCUGACAGUCCGUGCUCUUACACAGUUUAACACAAAGCACACCUCACUUUUCCCGCAGCCAGGCCUCUGUCUUGUCCUUUUUAGUGUAGCACAUCUUGCGACGAAGUAAACCAUUGCUAACAACGGUUUAUAUGGCUUGAGUUGUACAAGAGUCAAAAACUGACAGCCAUGGACGUUUCAAUAGAGGACAAGCCAUAUGCUUCCUCGGAAGUUUGAAUCAUCUCUGUGUUGUCGGUUCAAUUUUCACCAAGGCUAACAAGCAGAUUCAGUAGAGGGUUUAAAUACAGAACGAACUGGCACGCUGAUUCUAAUAUUUCACGAGGCCGUAGCUUUUUGUACUGGCCUCUUGUUUCAAAAUAGUGUGAUAAUUGGAGUCUAAU